AUGGAUCGGCGCCAGCCUGUGCGCGCGUCGAAGAAGCGACCCUCAGAGGAAGCCUACAGCGACGGUAGUGAGAAUGGAGGCUCGGACACGAGCUGGGAGGACGACUCCACCGUAUCCAGUAGUUCCAGUGCGGCGACGUGGAGUGUUGAGGAUUCAAGCGUUUUUAGAGUGCGAUCAACUAAAAGCGUGACAGAACGGAACAAGCUAAUCCAGAAGGCCCAGAAGCCGUCUUCAAAUCUCAUCCCAGAGAGAUGGUGUACGUACGCAAAGAAGCUCAUUUGCACGCUUGGCGGCAAGUACAGAUACCGUGGCAAAGGGAAAAAACCACGUCAGGAAGUAUGCUCGAUCGAGUGCAAGGCCCAGUAUGUCACAUUGGGCAACAACACCAGCAACAAGAGACUGGAGGCGUCCUGGAAGCACAUAAAGGAGACUGUACACGGCCACGAAGGGUUGGUGCAAAUGGUAACCGACAUAGUGAGAGGAGUGAGUGGUGCGGUACGCGAAGCCUUCGCGAUGUACAGGCUGGGACUGUACCCGUUGACCCCAAGUAACAGUGUGAAGAUGCAGGUAGCGCUCGAAAUUGCUCGACAUUGGGGACAACCAGUUGCCGGACCGGAUUACACAGAAGCGGAACAGACAGCGAGAAUUGGGUAUUUUAACGGGGGCUCGCGUGGAAAUCCAGGAGCCGGAGGGAGUGGGAGUCUCAUCGUAGAACGGGCCACGGACGUUGGGCUGGCCAAGAUAGUAUGGGCUGCAGCCACACACCUGUGCAAUGAGGCAACCACAACAACGUGGCGGAGUUUAGGUCGCAGCAUGGCUUACGCACGGUUGGAAGAGGACAAGCAACACCCUUUGCUGAAAGGAAUCACGGCACAUGUCGAGAGCGACGUGAGCCAUUGGGGAGGACAGGGGUAA